AUGCGCGCUGCUCGCAGCCAUGCCUCCACCGUUCAAUCCGCCUUCAAGUCGGAUUUGGUUCGCGCUUUCUCCUCGACUCGCACCCUCGGCGAUGAGAAGUCUAUCAACGUUGUCUCCUUCAACACCUCCGGCAAGCGCGAGCAGGAGACUCUUGCUGUCCCUGCCGCUGGAAACGAGCCCGUCACCCCUCCCGGCCAAGACAUCGAGGUCGCUGCUCAGCCUCUGAAGCACGAACUCUUCGACAAGCUCUCGCCCACCAUGCAGAAGUUCACCCUGUUCGGGAAAGUCGCCGCUAUUACCGGCGGUGGCCGCGGACUCGGUUACAACAUGGCUCAGGCCCUCUCCGAGGUUGGCGUCAAGGGCAUUGCCAUCUUUGAUGUUCAGCAGGAGCUCGGCGAGAAGUCCGCUCAGCACCUCUCCGCUCAGACUGGUGUCGACGUCCGCUUCUACAAGGUCGAUGUCCGUGACAAGGCUGCGAUUCAGCAGGCUGUCCAGGAUGUUGCCACUCACUACGGCAGAAUCGACAUUCUCAUCAACGCCGCUGGUAUUGCCGACUCCAACGUCAAGGCUGAGACCUACCCUGAGAACAUGUUCCGUCGUCUUCUCGACAUCAACAUCACCGGCACUUUCCUUGUUGCCCAGGCCGUCGGUCAGCAGAUGAUCAAGGCCCAGAACGGUGGUUCAAUCAUCAACAUCGCUUCGAUGUCUGGUAGCAUCGUCAACUACCCUCAGGAACAGUCAUGCUACAAUGCCUCCAAGGCUGCCGUCAUCCAGCUGACCAAGUCUCUUGCUGCUGAGUGGGCACGCCACAACAUCCGUGUCAACUCCAUCUCUCCCGGUUACAUGGACACCGCCCUCAACCGUGUUCCCGCUCUUGACGCCCAGAAGCGUAUUUGGAUGGACAACACUCCCCAGAAGCGUCUCGGUGCUGUUGAUGACCUCAACAACCUUGCCGUCUACCUCGCCUCGCCUGGUUCAAGCUACAUGACUGGCAACAACUGCCUCAUCGAUGGUGGUUACACCCUUUGGUAA